GAGGUGUUUCUAGUUUCGUGGGAAAUCCACCGCCUAUGAGCAGCUUUGGACCUGGGGGACCGCCUAAGAAACCACCACGACGUAAUCUAUCGGUAUCACCCACAAAUAGUGGACAACCAUUUAGUUACACUUCACCCAAUCAUCAACAGCAGAAUAACUAUGGCAGAAGACAAACCCGAAGUCCAUCAAAUGACAGUCCCUAUUCACAUCAAAGUCAUGGUAGUGUUGGAUGAAUAAGUUUUGAUGAAUCACAGCUAGCGGAGCGUCAAAGAGGAAAUCGUUUGUUUGCUAGUGCCCGGGAGACGGCACGGACAUCGGGGGGAAUAUCGCUAAGCUCAAGUACUGAUAUGUUGGAGAAGCGUCAUCAUAGUGAUGAUGUGGAGAAUUUAGUGCCAAAUUCAAAUCAGGAAAUCACCAAUUCAAUGAAGAGACCAAAACCAGCACCAAGAAAUAUAAAUAACAUUAAUGAGGUUACAAUAAGUAAUGAUAACGGUACACUGAAGUCAUACAAUCCAAAUCGUAAAUUAAAAAGGAAUCGUAAUAGCUACUCUAUAACUUUGGGUGAUAAAGAUGAAAAGGGAGAUGAAAAUAAGCCUCAAAUACCCAGAAGUCCUACUAACUAUAAACAACCACCCACACCCGAUCAUCCUCCUCCUUCUUCUAGUCAGGCCGAGAAAAUGAUACACGAACGCAUAAGACCUUUGAGUCAGGAAUACAAACGGCGAUCAGCACUUUUGCAAUUGCAAAAACAACAACAAUUAUUGGUGGAUAUGGGUACUUCACCCCUAAGGCAAAUAAAUAACAACAGCAACAACAAUAGCAAUAAUACUAAUCUAACAUCACACUAUGAUUACGCCUACAUACAACCUUCGCCCACUAAACUUAAUACCAACACUGUUUCAUCCAACAUCUAUUCCACUAUUGGAUCAGGAGGCAUUAGAGGUUCUAUGGGUUCCUUAAGUUCUAGUGUCUCCUUAUCUGAUCACAGUGGUUCCACCGAAAAUGUAGAAGAAUUUAUUGGCGACCAACCAUUUGCGGGCCUCCUAAAAGGUUCAGCUGCCCAUAGUAGUAAUAAACAAAAAAUUGAACCAGCAUAUGCAACGGUUAAUAAAACCUCCAAAAUUAACCCACCUCAAGUCCAACUACCACCACCUAGACCACAACAACAACUGCCUCCACAAGCUCAGGUGCCCGUUUACGCUACCAUACAUAAAAAACGGGGUAUAUCGACAACAGCUCAAGCUGCGGAACAGCAAAAUGUUAACAAGGCCAGACCUCCAAUACCAGCCAAACCCGUUGUACCCGAGAGAAGACUAUUCAAAGACACACCACAACUGCCUACGGCAGAGCCCCAAGAAACAACGACUGACUGUAACAACGAAGCAGAAACUCUAGAUCAUGAAAUGAAAAAUGACACCGAAGACCUGUAUGAGGACAUAAUGGAACCAAAGACAAUUGUGGAAAAUAAUGUUAGUAAAAUAAACGAAGUCAAGCAAGAGUCUCAAGAGAAACCAAACAGUGAUAUUUUAAGUCAUCAAAGUUCCAUCAAUAGUUCUUCGAAUGAAGAACAAUCACAGUUGACUUCGUCACAACCUACUAAUGAAAGUUCCAAUGAAGAUACAAGUUCCAUAGCCAAUAACUCAACAACAUCACAUGAGAGCAGUAUACUAAGUCCUUUUAAUGCCGAAGAAGCUAGAAAGAAAAUUUCCGAAAUUCUAGAAUCCUUCGGCAGUAGUAUACUAAAUUCUGAUAUUUCUCCUACUAAUGAUUUGGAUUUCGAUGAUACUGAAAUACCAGCAGAGAGACAAGAACUUGUAAGUCGUUUAAGGAAAUCGGGUUUAAUGCAUUUGGAAAAGAAACUGUUCGAGCAGGGUUAUGAUAAUGUUAAAUUUAUGAAUGGUGUUUUCGAAGAAUCCGAUAUAGAGUUUUUAAAUAUAUCCCAGCAGGAUACUGCCAAAUUACUGAGGUUUAUAAAAACUUUACCUAAAGCCGAAUUUUUACCACAAGUUCCACAGAAAAAUCAACAGGAAAAUAAAUCUUUAACUGAACUGAAAGGUGUUUCAACUCUUCAACAAUGGCUUCAAAGCAUACAAUUGCCCCAAUACACUGAAUCGUUUAGCAAACAUCUUUACAACACUUUGGAUAGUGUUUGUGGCGUUUGGGAUGUGGAGUUACAAACUGUAUUGGAAAUCAAUAAACUGGGUCAUCGUCGUCGCAUUCUUCAAUCGAUAGCCUUUAUUAAAAAUAUGCGAGAACCCAAAUCGGCCAAAACUCCUCUGGCAGAAAACAAUGAGACCAAUAAGAUAUCUUUAAAUGUCAACACUAAAGAUGGCACUCAAAGGCAAUCGAUAACUGGUUAUCGUAAAAAUAGGUUAGCUCCUCAACCUCCCAUACAGAAGGCAACACAACAAACACCUACAGCUCAGACAUCUUUGGAUAUACGUGCUCCUUCGGAAUUACUUUUAGGUUUACCUGACAAUUUGCGCACAAAAUGGAGGCAUUCUGCAAAUGAUUUGCUCAACGAACAAAUAAAAUAUGAAGUUUAUUAUUUAGGCUCAACGGUUGUGAAAGAAUUACGUGGCACCGAAUCGACACGCAAAUCCAUACAAAAACUAAAACAAGAUCAACAGCAUAAUACUACUGAUGCUGCUGCUGCUAACACUGCUACCAAUAUGUUAAUGUCUUCCCAGUCAGAAACCAAUGCUGCCCGUAAUCAAUCAUUAAUAAACCAAAAACGUAUACUAGUGUCAUUGGCCAUCUCGCACAGGGGUGUAGAGUUUAUAGAUGUGAACAGCAAGAACACCAUUUGUGAACAUGUCCAAAAUAUAAAUUGUGCAUGUCAAGAUGCAGAAGAUCUAUGUCAUUUUGCCUAUAUUACCAAGGAAAAUGAUGUGCACUAUUGUCAUGUUUUUUAUGUAGAGAGUACGGACUUGGCUUCCGAUAUAAUAUUGACUUUGGGUCAAGCAUUUGAGGUGGCCUAUCAGUUGGCAUUGCGUGAUGGCAUUACAGCCACACCAUUGGCCUCUUUGAACAAUAGUAUACUACAAGGUCUUGAAUUUAAUAAACAACAGACAUCGAUCAAUACUAAAACUCAAGAAGCGUAAG